AUGGCUGUAUCCGAUGGUCACCACAAGAGUCCAGCUGUGUCUCCCACAGUCCUGGAAAAUUCCUCAGAUGGAGGAAGUUCCACUGGGAGACGCUUAUCUAGAUCCUCAGACUCUCUGGCGCCCUCAAAAGCGCGCCGGAAGUCCCUGGUGAGUCCCAUUCCGGGAGAAUUGCUGAAGCAGGAAGCUGAGAUUGUCAUUCAUGUCUGCGAUGAGGUGAAAAAUAUCUCUCGAGACUUUACCUGCCCCCAGAAACUUCUGGUCAGCAAAAUGGGAUAUUUCCCUGAGGUAACUGCUGGCCAGCGUUUGGAAGACAUGGACAUCUCUGUCCACUGUGACAUCCAGAUCUUCGAGUGGCUGAUGAAAUGGGUGAAGAGGGAUACUCUGCCGCAGGGAGAAUGGCCUACUCUGGACCCCUUCAAUGUCAUUCCCAUUCUGGUAUCUGCCAGUUUCCUGCAAAUGGAACCUCUGCUCCUGGAUUGUUUGUCAUUUUGUCAUGCUCGCCUCUCGGACAUUGUCAAGGCUUCGGCGAAUCUGUCUUGUCUGAAUGAGGGCAUUGUCACUCGCCUGGCGGCGAUGUUCACGAACCUAGAGCUGGAGGGAGUGAGGGAUAAGAAGGACAGGGUAGUUCCCAGGCUCUGGACAAAAAUGAUUCAGAGCCUCUGUGAGCCGGAGCCUCAAGCGCUCAGGGGACAUUUUGCGAGUCUCGCAGGGCUGUUCCGCUGCAGCCGCUGUGGACGCUUCCUGACCCCAGCUGUAGCUUCCUAUGUCUUCUGUCUGCCUCAGAACAUGAGAGUCAACAGAUGGGGUCAGAUUGUCAGCCAACACACGCGGGAUACCAACUGGAACAUCACCAACUUCAUCGCAGCUCUGUACAAGGAAUUGAGAUCCUGGAGGAAGCUUUACUGGCGUCUCUGGGGACACUGCCAUUUCCUUUACUGCGCCACGUGUGAAACCCAUUUCCCCGUUUACCAGAUGAACUGGUGCCAAUACCAUCCGGAUCAGGCUCAGUUCCUGGGACCAGCUGUCGAAGGACGAACAGCCGGUCCAGCAGGACGAUUUCCCUGCUGCGGGCAGCAGGCAUAUCGCUAUGAGACUCUCACUGGGCCAUCCGGAUGCCAGUAUCGAGAGCACACAGUUCAGAUCGAAAAUGAUCGGGACAGAUCCAUCCUGCAGCUGGCCCAAGUGGCAGCUGAAGGAGGAUGUCUCUUCGAUGUGGCUCUGGUGAAGAACCAUCCGCAAAAUGGGGAACCCUGGUGGACUGGGAUAGCUCUUCUGCCUCACAGAUCACGUCAGGGAUUGCUGCCCACUCUUCAUGUUGACGAACCUGUAACGUCAAAAGGCAGCAAAAAAUGUACCACUCGACAAACUUCCAUGAUGCUGGACUCGAGCAGCGACACAGAGUCCAGCGACAACGUCAAGCACCACCGAUCCGCCUUGGUUCGACAAUCUUCCUACAGCAGCGACGGCGGGGAAUCUGAGUACAGUAGUCCCCGUCAGUAUCGCUACAGGAGCACCAAGAGGCGCCCCAAGAUGCCGAGUGGACGCUACUGGUCCGGCGAGAUGUCAGCUCGCAGUAACCAGGACAACCAGCGGGAAUUUGAGGAACGUGCCAUGAAGCAGGUCAUUGCAAUGCUGUGCAAGAAAACCGGUAGUGAUUCUGGGCAGCAGCAUCAUCAGAUGCAGCAGCAGAGCUACCAUCAACAGGGCGGAACCUACGUGCGCCUCGAGGCUGAAUGGCGAGAGAGUUUAAAGAGCCGUGGAGUCAUCUCGACCAAGGGCAAAGCACAGAAGUGAGUUAAUGAACACCUCGAUUUAUAAUAGUUUUGCAGAAGAGCAAAUUUGGUUUAAGGCACUGAGGGGCUACUCACUAAUCAUAACAGUUAAAAUAGUUCAAGUUCAAACAUCAACACUUAAAAAAGUUUAAGUUCUCUCUAAUAAUUAUUUCUCAAAAACUUUCACAUUAGGAAUUCUUUGAAAAAUAAGAAGAAAAUGGAUACUUCAAACAAAGUUGUUAUAAAUUUAGUACAUUGUACUAAUAUGUACUAAAUCAAUGGACAGGUAUUAAAUGGUAGACAUUCUAUUUUCUCUAGAAUUGAAUAUUGUAUAAGGACAAGAAAACUAUAAGUAUAUUAAUUAGCAAAACCAAAGAAAAGUUUAAGGAAAAUUUUAAAUAGUACUAAAUUCAAUUCACCUUAUAACAAAAUUUAGGUAAGUAUCAGUUUUGAGUUUAUAAAAGUAUAACAAGGUCAAGCUUUAUCACAUGAUUUUCUGUUAAAAAUUAUCGAAUUUUCUGAGAAUUUUCAAUAAUUUUAGUACCCAAAAUUAGAACAAGUGUACUAAAAUU